AUGUCAGCACUUCGGAUCCUCAAGGAGUACUUUCAUCGGCUAGAAAUGGAUCAAAAGUUUAGACAAAGACCGUGCCAAUAUUUCGACAUGAUUGUAGGAUCAGGCGGUGGCGGGGUGAUAGCUGUUCUCUUGGGAGUUCUCGGCAUGGAUAUAGAUAAGGCCUCAUUGGCCUUUAGUCGCGUAUGCAAAGUCGCUUUGCUUGGAGACGCCCGCUCUCUCACGCCAGAGGAGCGAACCGAACGGCUCAGAGGGGCUAUCAAACAGAUACUUGGAGAGAUUCAAGUGCCAGAAGAUAGCGCAUUCAAUAGUAAAGUUGGCUUGGCAGGUGAAUGCAAAGUCGCAGUACUAUACCAAUCAGCGGCACAUCUUGGCCGAUGCAAUCUCUUCCGGAACUACGAUAGUCGACACCUCGCGCUCAACGCGACCAUCAUGCAAGUGAUGCUGACGGCAUGGGCGACCCCAACGUUGUUCUCUUCAGUCAGGAUUGAAGACGAGAUUGGUUAUGAAGAGGUUGUCAGCGCAGCUAGCUCCUGCAGCAAUCCAAUCUUCGAAGCAAUACGGGAGGCAUACGCAAGUUACGGAGAUCAGAUGACUUCUUGCAUUCUGAGCCUUGGCUCCGGGAGCCAGAGCACACAGAACACCGAUAAAGGAUGGAAGGCCUCGAUCACACAGUCCGCUAAGGAAGCGAUGCGGAUAGCCGAAGACGCACAAAGGCGAUUUGGGGACAGCGACAUAUACUUUCGACUUUCAGUUACUCCAGCAAUUGGUGAUGACCAGGAUGUGCCUGGGAAUACCUUUGGAAUGAUUGCAUCGAGCACGUCGCAUUAUCUCUCCUUGACUCAUCAAGACAAACUUAUUGACGAGUGUUUAAGAAAAUCGAAUCGACCAGGGGUUAUAGAUCUGAAAUCUCUUGCUCAGGUGCGAGGGGAUGCUACCAUCUUGAGGCACGGUUUACCACCCCUCUCUCCUUUCUUUAUACUGCGCAAGGAGCCUACAAGGCGCAUAUUUCAAGGAAUCACCCAAGGCAGAGAUCGCAAUCAGACCAUUGUGGUGCUCUCAGGGAUGAGUGGUAGUGGGAAAACACAACUAUCUAUCGAUUUUGCAUUGAAAUACAGUGAAUUGUUUCAGCAUAUUCUCUUCAUCGAAGCCUCGUCCAAGGAGAGUAUCGAAAACGGGAUCAUAGGACAAGCACGUUCAAUAGCAUCCUCCUUUCAAAAUAUUAACCUCGAUGAGACCAUGCGUCUACUGGAGAAUCCGAAUGGCAAGUUCGGUACCGGUUGGCUUAUCAUCUUCGACAAUGCAGACGACGAGAAUAUCGGCAUACAGAAAUAUCUUCCUAACUGCAGCCAUGGCUCAAUCAUCAUUACGACCCGAAACCCAUCGCUCGGAAAUCUUGCGCCUGAAGCACAUGUCACCCUAGAUAUCAUGUCAGUUGAGGAGGCGACCCAAGCACUUUUCUUAUCUGCGAUGAGCGUCAACGAAGAAAGAACCAUGCGCCAUGUUGCUACAGCCCAGAAAAUCGUGCAGCGGUUGGGAUAUCUCCCGAUUGCCAUUGUGCAAGCAGGAGGCUACAUCCGGAAGCAAAAGUGUUUCUGGGAGUACAUAGGACGGCUUGAGACGAAUCGUGCCAAUCUUCUCCGUCAUUAUACCAUUCAAAGAGACAGGCUCAAGUAUAAACAUGGCGUUUACGCCGCAUUCGACACUACGCUGAGCGUCCUCUCGUCACGUGCCCUCAACCUUCUUAGUAUGCUGGCUUGCAUGCACUUUGCCAGCAUUCCUCGCGAACUAUUUAUACUCGCCGCCAAGCGUGGAUUCGAUCACCAGGCUUUUGACCUACUUCCACCGUCUGAUGGCUUUCAACACUCGGUAUCACUUCUGCAAGAGACGCUUGGUCCUAGCGGUGACAAACAGCGGUGCGAAAGCGAUUUGGACGAGGUGUUGGAUGAACUUUUCCAAUAUUCAUUGAUUACCUACGUGCCGUACUACUCCACUGUCAAUAUCCGCCUUCAUCCGCUUCUUCAUGCAUGGGCUGGUGACCGGCUGACAGCCGAGCAGCGCCUGAUGUACCGUGCAGCCACAGCACGAUUACUUGGAUCCUGCUUUGUUCGCUCAGAGUUUGAUCUUCUGGACGAACUAUCACCGCAUGUGUCAGGCUUGUUGCCCUUCAUGGGCGAUUUUCAUCUCAAUGAACGUGCAGGAUUCUGUUUAUCUCUGGGAAGAGAUAGAAAGUUUGAACUACAACGUAAAUUAUGGGAAGACAUUUAUACUGAAGUCCAAAUGGUGUAUGGAGACGAGGACGUGCGGACAAGCACUGCAGCUCUGUUGCUAGCCAGCGCAUAUGGAGAUGAAGGUGAUAUCACAAAGAUGGAGAAGAUGGAGCGCUCAGUGAUAGAGAUUCGCUCCGCUUUGUAUGGACCAGAUAGCUUGGAGGCUAUCGAAGCAUUGCACAAUCUAGCGCGGACACUUUUGUACGACAAAGGAGAAUUAGAAGAGGCAAAAGAAAUUUUACUGAGAGUUUUGGACGUGCGGCGGCGUGCCUUGGGUCCUCAGCAUGUCGAUCUCUGUUGGACACUCCACACCCUCGGCGACAUUUAUUAUAGGAGCAAGCGAUACUCAGAAGCAGUAUCGACAUUUCUCGAAGCUAGCAAAAUGUCCACAGAUCUUCGUGGGCGAGACCACCACGCGACCGUCAACAGUCUUUGGAUGCUUGCAAGGUCUACGCGGCGCAGCAGGACCCUGUCGCGCAAAUUAUUCCUUCGCUGGCUGGGAGAAUUUUCCUAUCGAUUGGCUGAUUAUGAGGGAGCUGAGAAGUUCUAUCGACAAGAACUUGCACUGAUCAGCGAACACACGGGGCUUACAGACAGUUUCAAGGUCACACAAUUCCAUCUAAUUGGGAACCUCGGCCUAAAGUUCGCAUACCCAGAGUUCGAAGAGACGUUGGAAGAUCAACCCAACUCAUCGGGAGCUUCCCAUUCCAUCAUAUGGGCAAGCCAUUUAAAAAUAAACCUCGCUGCAGCUGUCUACUUGCAACGACCCCAUUCUUCCGAACCAGAGGGUCUAUUCAGUGAGGCUAUAGGUUUAGCUAAGAACCUCGAUGAUUCUUCGCUCGAACAACGACUUAUAAUCCAGUAG